AUGAGUACAUUUUCCAAUGAAAAAGAGCAACCGGUAGAAAUAUUAGAAAGCAAUGAUGAAGUUGUUUCCCCGCCAUCAGAGGUUCAUAAGCACCAGAUAGAUUUUGGUUCCAUUGAUUUGGCACUGAAAACUGUAUACAUGGAAUUUGCCAGGAAAGAACUUGAAAAGAAGACACUUGAGGUGGAAGCUAUGAAGAUUAACUUAAAAAUCAAGAAGCUUGAAUUGGAGGGAAAGAGGCACGAUGUGGAAAAAAAACGCCUUGAAUUGAGGAAAUUACAAGAAAGUGUUAUGAAAAAUUCACCAAGGACAAGUUCAAGCGAAAGUAGUGGAACUUCUCGGGACACAUCCAUAACCGACCAAUUCGAUCUUGAAAUUGAAUAG